AAAAAAAACGUUCUUUAAACUAUCUGGGGUUUAUUCCAGAUUAGGUUCUGAGGGACUUCUCACCUUCUGAAGAAUGGCUCCUGCUUGGCAGAGAUUAGGUUUUUAUACCUCUCUUCUGAAAAGACAGCUAAAUGGUGGGCCUGCUGGCAUCAAGUGGGAAAGGAAAACAACACCAGGAUGUAUCAGAAGUAUUUACAGUGCUACAGGAAAGUGGACGAAAGAGUACACGUUACAGACAAGAAAGGAUGUUGAGAAAUGGUGGCAUCAGCGAAUAAAAGAACAGUUCUCCAAAGUUUCAGAAGCUGAUAAAUCAAAGCCCAAAUUUUACGUGCUCUCCAUGUUCCCUUAUCCUUCUGGGAAGCUGCACAUGGGCCACGUGCGUGUCUACACCAUCAGCGACACCAUAGCACGGUUUCAGAAGAUGAGAGGGAUGCAGGUCAUCAACCCCAUGGGAUGGGAUGCUUUUGGAUUGCCUGCUGAAAAUGCCGCGAUUGAGAGGAAUCUACCUCCAGGAAGUUGGACACAAAGUAACAUUAAACAUAUGCGGAAACAGCUUGAUCGGCUUGGCCUGUGUUUCAGCUGGGAUAGGGAAAUAACUACGUGUUUGCCAGAUUACUACAAAUGGACGCAAUUCCUCUUCAUUAAACUCUAUGAAGAAGGACUGGCUUACCAAAAAGAGGCCUUGGUUAACUGGGACCCAGUGGAUCAAACAGUGCUUGCCAAUGAGCAAGUGGAUGAACAUGGCUGUUCGUGGCGUUCUGGAGCAAAAGUAGAACAGAAGUACCUCAGACAGUGGUUUAUUAAGACAACUGCUUACGCAAAGGCCAUGCAGGACGCAUUGGCAGACCUUCCAGAAUGGUAUGGAAUAAAAGGCAUGCAGGCCCACUGGAUCGGGGACUGUGUCGGCUGCCAUCUGGACUUCACAUUAAAGGCUCAUGGGCAAGUCACAGGAGAAAAACUGACUGCCUACACAGCCACCCCUGAGGCCAUUUAUGGCACUUCCCACGUGGCCAUCUCUCCUAGCCACAGACUCUUGCACGGGCACAACUCUCUGAAGGAAGUAUUGCAGAAGGCCCUUGUCUCUGGCAAAGAUUGCCUCACACCCGUGACGGCUGUAAACUUGCUCACCCAACAAGAGGUCCCUGUCAUUAUCAUGGCCAAAAAUGACUUUGAAGGCUCUCUGGAUUCAAAAAUAGGAAUUCCCAGCACCAGCUUAGAGGACACCAUCUUAGCCCAAACCUUGGGCCUGCCCUACUCUGAAGUCCUUGAAAGUUUGCCAGAUGGCACAGAGAGACUGAGCAGCUCUGCUGAGUUCACAGGUAUGACCCGGCAGGAUGCUUUUCUAGCCCUGACGCACAAAGCCCGGGAGAAGAGAGUGGGUGGAGACGUGACAAGUGAUAAACUGAAAGAUUGGCUGAUCUCACGGCAGCGGUACUGGGGCACGCCAAUCCCGAUUGUCCACUGCCCCACCUGUGGCCCUAUGCCUGUGCCCCUGGAGGACUUGCCCGUGACCUUGCCUAACAUCACGUCUUUCACCGGCAAGGGAGGCUCCCCACUGGCCACAGCUUCAGAGUGGGUGAACUGCUCCUGCCCGAGGUGCAAGGGAGCAGCCAAGAGAGAGACAGACACAAUGGAUACCUUCGUUGAUUCUGCUUGGUACUACUUCAGGUACACUGACCCUCACAAUCCUCACAGCCCUUUUAACACAGCGUUGGCAGAUUACUGGAUGCCUGUGGAUUUGUACAUUGGUGGGAAAGAACAUGCUGUCAUGCAUUUGUUCUAUGCAAGAUUCUUUAGUCAUUUUUGCCACAAUCAAAAAAUGGUCAAACACAGAGAGCCUUUUCAUAAGCUGCUAGCCCAAGGCCUUAUCAAGGGACAGACAUUCCGCCUACCCUCUGGACAGUAUCUACAGAGAGAGGAAGUCGAUCUCACGGGUUCUGUUCCUGUCCAUGCAAAAACUAAAGAGAAGUUAGAGGUGACGUGGGAGAAGAUGAGUAAGUCCAAACACAACGGGGUAGACCCGGAGGAGGCCGUGGAGCAGUAUGGGAUCGACACGAUUCGACUCUACAUCCUCUUUGCCGCCCCUUCUGAAAAGGAUAUCUUAUGGGAUGUGAAGACUGACGCCCUCCCUGGGGUGCUGAGAUGGCAGCAACGUCUGUGGUCCUUGGCAACUCGAUUUAUUGAAACCAGGACUUCUGGGAAGCUUCCGCAGCCUCAGCUGCUGAGUAACAAGGAGAAAGCCGAGGCCCAGAAGCUCUGGGAGUACAAGAACUCAGUCGUCUCUCAGGUGACCACCCAUUUCACAGAGGACUUCUCACUGAAUUCUGUGAUUUCUCAGCUAAUGGGACUCAGCAGUGCCCUCUCGCAAGCUUCUCAGAGACUCGUUCUCCAUAGCCCUGAGUUUGAGGAUGCUCUGUGUGCCCUGAUGGUGAUGCUUGCUCCAAUGGCCCCUCACAUAACCUCAGAGCUCUGGGCAGGUCUGGCACUGGUGCCCAGGAAGCUCUGUGCCCACUAUACCUGGGACGCCAGCGUGCUACUUCAGACGUGGCCAGCCGUGGACCCUCAGUUCCUUCAGAAGCCUGAUGUUGUGCAGAUGGCAGUUCUGAUCAACAACAAAGCCUGCGGCAAAAUUCCUGUGCCUCAGCAAGUCGCCCAGGACCAGGACAAAGUCCGGGAACUUGUUCUCCAGAGUGAGCUGGGUGUCAAGCUCUUGCAAGGGCGAAGCAUCAAGAAGGCCUUCCUCUCCCCAAGAACUGCCCUUAUCAACUUCCUGGUUCAAGAGUGACAGUGAGAGGCUGCAGCUACUACAAGGGCCUCUAAGGAACCUUCCUCCAGGCCUGGGAUGAGGGAAGAAGUCUGCCAUUCCUUGGAAAGGAAAAGACAAACAUUUCAAAUGUUGACCUUGGUACUAUGACAGACUGCAGUCAACGGCAUGCCUGUGUGGUGUGGCCUGACGCAGGGGUGAGGCUGAAGUGAAGAGGAGGAAUAGGAGUGAUAGGAAAGGGGUCGUGCUCCCUGCCCCCCACCACCACCCCCAUUGCAGGGUGGAGGAAGCCAUCCGACCCCAUGGGAAGCCACUGGAAAUACUGCUGGGUGGGAGCAGGAAGGAGAAAAGA